UAGAGAAAGUGGUGUAGAAAAGGACUGCAAUUUCGCAUUAAUUCCUUGAUUGUUUCUAGAAUUUGAGAAAUUGUCGUACGCAAUGAACGCUGCUCGGGCUGAUUAGUGUUGCAAUGGAGAUAAAAUUGAGUGAAAAUCAUUAUUUUGCGACGCAAGUUUGAAGAAUUUCACAAUGUUCAGGACGUGUCGUAAAUUAAGCAGUGAGAAUACCAGUCAUGUCUGGCAUUUUAGAGUGUGAUUUUUAGUGCGAAAUUACAGAGUUUUGUUGCAAAAUCAGGAGAAAUACAGUGGUAUUUGCGACAGCAUCACGGGUAAGGGAUAGUGCAGUGUGUCCGGAAGAUUGUGGGGUGGAAAUUGAGCCGGCAGGCGUGGUGGAAAGACUCGGCAGAAGCGCCCGAAGCUUCUCACACACUUGGACCAACACUUUGGGUCCUUCUCGUGCGACUGCUGCGCAAAAUAGACGCAAAUCCCGGGCAGUGGCGAAGGCACAUUGCGUGAAAAUUACCUGGGAGCGCCGAUGUGAGGCCCAAUAGAUGGAUAGAAGUGAUCGCGGAACGCGAGAGGCGGCAUUCUAGUGCGGAAAGAAGUGGCUAUCCUUGACAGACACUCUCACCAGUUCCACUUCGCCAGUCGCAUGGAACAAGUGAGAAUGGCCAAGGAUUACGAUUAUCUGCUGAAAGUGCUCCUGGUCGGCGACAGCGAUGUGGGCAAGCACGAGAUCAUCUCUGGCCUGGAGGAUGGCUCCUCCGAGAGUCCUUUCUGCAGCGGCAGCGGUGAGUUUCCGGGCGCGGCGCGCCUUUCUCCGCGACACUGGACGUCUUCUCAUUCUAUCGCCUUUGCAGCCUACAAGACCACCACGAUACUGCUGGAUGGCAAGCGCGUGAAGCUGCAGCUGUGGGAGACGUCCGGACAGGGCAGAUUCUCCACCAUCAUCCGGUCGUACUCGCGCGGCGCCCAGGGCAUCAUUCUCGUGUACGACAUCACGAACAAGUGGAGCUUCGACGGCAUCGGGCGCUGGCUGAAGGAGGUGGAGGAGCACGCGCCCGGAGUGCCCAAGGUGCUCGUGGGCAACCGCCUCCACCUGGCCUUCAAGCGCCAGGUGGCGGCGAAACAGGCGGAGCUGUACGCGUCGCGCCACAAGAUGGCCUGCUUCGAGAUCUCGCCGCUCUGCGACUUCAACAUCCGCGAGUCCUUCUGCGAGCUGGCCAGGAUGGCGCUCCACCGGAACGGGAUGGAGAGGAUUUGGAGAUCCAACAAAGUGCUCUCUCUUCAGGAAUUGUGCUGCCGAACCAUCGUGCGACGGACUUCCGUGUACGCAAUUGAUACUCUACCUCUGCCGCCGACUGUCAAGUCGCACCUCAAGUCGUACGCGCUCACGUCUUCGCAGUGCAUCAACACGCUGACGAACAACUCCAAGAAUCGGCGCGUGAAGACGCCCACGCAGACCAACAGUACAAGGAACAGCUGCUGCAUAUCCUGAGGUGUUCAGGAGGCGCGCAGGAUUGCGGCGCUAGCAAGUGUGCGAUAAGAAAAAAAAAACUGAUGAUUUGAUAACGGAAUGUGAGAUAAUAAGAAUAGCACUCUGUCUGCUCAAAAUGUUGGUUUUCCCUCGGCUUUUGAAAGAGGGCUGCAGAAGAGAGUAUAUUUUUGUAUGAUUAGCUAUUAAAAAAAAAAGAGCAGGAAAUGAAAUUGAUUUGUUUGAUGAUGCAGAAGAAGAAGAAGAUGAAAAAAUGUGUGUCGUAAAUGAUAAGCAAAAAAAAAACUAACCCUUGAAAUCCCAUUUAAGAGGAUUGAAAAAAAAAUAAAAAUUAUACUUUCAUUGCGUAUUGUUAAUUUAUUAUCACUUGUGAUGUUUAUUUUUAUAAAUUUCAUUUAGCUUUUAAGGAGAAGAAGAGAAGAAGAGGAAGAAUUCGUAUAGAAUUGUAUUUCAUCAUAAAUAUUCUUGUGUAGUUUUUCUCUCUCUUUUUUUUGUACUAUAUAUAUAUAUAUACAAAUAUUAUAUUGAACUCUGAAUCUUAGAAAUUAAGAGUCCUCUUUCUCAGCAUAUUUAUGAGGAUGAUUUUUUAGCUGUAUAUUUCACUUUGUAACAUUAUUGGAAUAUUAAAAAGAAAAA